AAUAAUGCGCCUUAAAGUUGGUUGCCAACCGCCAAGUAAAAAUCCACAGAAGAAGAAACGUUCUUUCCUUGCUGAUUUGUGACACGAAAGAAGAUGAGGACCCUGUACGUUUUUGCUCUACUGGCUCUACUGGGUCAGGGGACAGGAGAGGAGGGGGCUCGUCUGUUGGCUUCCAAGUCCCUGUUGAACCGUUACGCUGUUGAAGGCCGUGACCUCACACUGCAGUACAACAUCUACAACGUUGGAACCAGCGCUGCCCUAGAGGUCGAGCUGUCUGAUGACUCCUUCCCACCUGAGGAUUUUGGCAUCGUCUCCGGGAUGCUGAACGUGAAAUGGGACCGGAUCGCCCCUGCCAGCAAUGUCUCUCAUACUGUGGUACUGCGCCCCCUGAAGGCCGGAUACUUCAACUUCACCUCAGCUUCCGUCAGCUACCUGGCUCAGGAGGGAGGACAUGUUGUGGUUGGCUACACCAGCGCCCCCGGACAGGGUGGGAUCUUGGCUCAGAGGGAGUUUGACAGGCGUUUCUCCCCCCACUAUCUGGACUGGGCCGCCUUCGGCGUAAUGACACUCCCCUCCAUCGGCAUCCCUCUGCUCCUGUGGUUCUCUAGCAAGAGGAAGUACGACUCGCCCAAGGCCAAGAAGAACUGAAUACUACUCUCCACUGUGGAACUAGCUAUGGCUGGGGGUUCAAGAACUUGCACCUUUUCACACUAUUGUGCUUACAUAAACUGUGCUGGCUCAGAUA